GGUCAGGUUGGGGCGGUUUCGUAAAAAUUUGCCUGAUUACAAUCAUGUUCAUCUUCGGUUGUCCCGCACACUGUUAUGUUAUCCAUGUAAGCGAAAGUCGCUUUCAAGUUUUCGUCGAUUAUUAACAAUAAUUCUUUGCAAACAGGCUACCCCUUUGGUUCCACUGAAAAGUGUACGACAGAAUUGGAAAAGGAUUUCCGCAUGCUUCACAUACUCUGAAUUUUCCGUUUCCAUAAGAGGUAUCUUAUGAUAUGCACUCUUCAGGUCCAAGGGGCUAUACACUGAGUGCCGUGAUAUUUUGUCGAUAAGAGCAUCGAUUCUGGGCAAUGGGUAUGCGUCCAGCUGCACUGCAGAUGACUGCCACUCGCAGUAAUCUGCAACGUGAAGUCCUACGAUUAUAUCGAAACUUGCUUCGAGUUGUAUCGCCAAGGAUAGAAGGUUUAACGGAAGAGAGAGUCGAACCGUCCAUCCGAUUGAACCUACUGAGGUUUAUACGCACAGAGUUUCGCCGACAAGCGUGUCUCUACAAAAGGACAGACAUACUUCAGAUUGAAGCGGCUCUUCGUAGGGGCCACCGUCGACUGGAAGACUUGAGGAGUGGUACAGUCGAUAGCAUUUCACACAUACGGCCGAAGAGGGAAGCAGAAAGGCGUUGAGGAUGCCUCCACCAGCCCCUUCACCGAUUCUACUUCGUCGCCUGAUUUUCAGUCUGUUCCCCGCACUGGAUAGUGGUCUCUUGGGCGCUUUUGCAUAUGGCUCAGUUGCUUUUCCACAGCAUGGUAGAUCUGCGGCAGAUUCCCAGCUAGAUCUAAUUCUGAUCGUUUUGGAUCCGCUUCGCUGGCAUAUGGACAAUAUUCAGCGCAAUCCGCUGCAUUACAAUUAUCUCAUUCAUCACAGUCUUAAAACAUUUCGAACACCAUUUGUGCUGGAAACUGUUCUUUCCAAAUGCCCUGGUCCACAGAUUUAUUUCAAUCCAUUUCUGACUUGGUACGAUCCAGUCAAGCAACAGCAAGUAUCUAUCAAGUAUGGCGUUGUCGGCCUACACAGCGUCAUGCGUGACCUCAAAUUUUGGUCCGAUUUGUAUAUAGCUGGUCGUUUGCACAAACCUGUUCUCUGGGCACCUUUUCGCAACGAUGUGGCGGACAGUCAAUCCGAGCUAUGUGAUAAAUUCAAAAUCGCUCAGCAGAACAAUCUUUUGGCUGCAGUGUCUUAUGUUCUUCUCAACUUACCUCCUAAUACUGAAAUCCUAGAAGAGCCUGACCUAUUCCAUUCACUUGCGUCUAUUUCUUAUGAUGGUGACUGGCGCAUGCUCGUGGGUGAAGACAAAUACAAAGUUUCCCGGUUGGUGACCGGAGCAGAUAGACUGUUCCGUUUUCGUCAACUUUACAAGAUGACGUUUACUCAUCCAACACUAAGCAACCUUGUUCGCCUAAUCCCGGCCACGUCCGAUCUCGACGGACCAUAUUGUUUGUGUUUUUCUCAACCUCUAGACUCUACCGAAGUGAUUUCCCGCCUUCUCCACAAUCUACCACAUCGCUUUUGUGAUGAAGCUGUUGCACUGGGAGGCAUUAGCGACAACACACUGUCCUCCUACGAUGUGUUACUUCGAGCAACUGACGAACAGCGCCGUCUUUGGUUAAGGCGAUGUGCUGCACGCACUGUGAGACGUUCCAGCAUCAAACAGACAGCUUUUAGCAUGUUUACAGCUGGUCCAGCACGCUCUUUUGCAUAUGCUAAAGCCAAACUGCGCAAAAUGUUUGCAAGUUUGGGUGUCUUGAACUGGAAGUAGCUGUUUUAAAUGCUUGAGCAUUAUUUCUUGUUCCUCAAACUUUAUUUCUAAUUGAGCGUCUGAAAAAACGUCAAGUUCCUUUCGUUAUAUUUCCUGCUGCGCUGUACUAUAUUUUUAACGUACGGUCGGAAUCUCUGUGAUGUCACCUAGAUCCAUAUGCGAAUAUUUCGUGGAGAUCAUCGCAAGGCCCACCCAGAGCUCCCCAUAUUGUAACCGAUUAUUCUGUAACUACUUUAUCACUUUUACUGAUGAAUGCUCGUCUCUCGGAUCUGAAUAGAAAGUACGUUGACCGUCUGUAGCUUGAAAUCGCCCUUACCUGCACUAUUUCAUACCUGGUGUGCUUUGCCAUAUCCACUUCCUCAUCGUUUCUACCCAUACUUUACAGUUGUAGGGUAUCGAUUAUAAGCUUGCCGUUAUGAUCACGACGAUACGAUGUACUAACUGCUGGCGAUGAAUUCUUUUCGCAUACAAUGCUUUCAUUCAUUCAUUUCGCAAGUUAGCUAGAGGUGAGAAACUUCUCGGCUAUUGGACCACAAUACAAUUCAACUAAGUGAUUGUAAA